AUGACUUUAAAUCUUCACGCUGGUAUUCAAGAACAGGACAUAAUCAAUUUUAUGACAAAUGCCAAGGCAUGCGUGAAUAAAGGCGAAGUUUGGUUAUUCUUUGAUGAAAUUAAUACUUGUAAUCAUAUUGGAUUACUUGCUGAUCUUAUUGCCCACAGAUUAAUUAAAGGAAUAGAAAUACAUCCAAAAAUUCGACUUUUUGCAGCAUGUAAUCCUUAUCGUAUACGUACCAGAAGUAUUAGUCAGGUCGGAUUAGAAGUUAAGAAUAGAAUAUACAACGAACAAAGUGACCUUGUUUAUCAAGUAAAACCAAUUCCUGAUCAAAUUUUAGAUUAUGUUUGGGAUUAUGGUGUACUAGAAUCAAAUGAUGAAAAAAAAUAUAUUGAAAUUAUGGUAAAAAAUCAAUUAAAUACGAAAAAGAAAGAUCUUUUUGCCAAACUAUUGUUUGAAUCUCAAAAAUUCAUAAGAGAAAUCGAAGAACCUUAUAGUGUAAGUUUACGAGAUGUUAAGCGUGCAAUUAAAUUGGUAAAAUUUUUUGAGGAAAGCCUUAAAGAUCGUCCGCCAAUUAAAGCAGAUGCGCAAAAAUAUCCAAGAAAUAUUGGUUCCAUCGAUAUUACAGUUCGAUCAUAUGUAUUAUCAUUGGCACUUUCUUAUCAAGCGAGGAUUGCGCGGAAGGAUUUACGUGAACAAUUUAGAAAAAAAUUGUGCGAAAUCUUCCAAUUUAUCAGUGAAAAACAAUUCAUUAAUAUAAUAAGGGAGGAACAAGAAGAUUAUAUCAAUAGAAUGAUCCUCCCUCCAAAUACUGCAAAAAAUGAGGCACUCUUAGAAAACGUAUUAGUCAUGAUUGUAUGCAUUUUAACUAAAAUACCUGUAUUUAUUAUCGGAUCUCCAGGAUCUUCGAAGUCUUUGGCUAUUCGACUUGUUAGUCAAAGUUUGCGUGGAUCAGACUCCAAUGAUCAAUAUUUCAGACGAUUGCCACAGAUAUAUAUAAUUCCGCAUCAAGGAUCAUCAUCUUCAACAUCUGAUGGCAUUUUAAAUGUUUUUGAAAAGGCACAAAAUUUUCAGAAUACAAGUUCUGAAGAGUUCCCUGUAAUUAGUGUAGUGUUACUUGAUGAAGGUAUAAUUUUUGUUAUGAUUUGUAUUCACAGGCCCAAGUUUGAACUUAAAGAUUUGGUUGAUAUUUCAACCAGUUUAUUGACUGACAAAAUCCAUAAUGUUUCUCAAGAGGCGCUUCAACCACUUGCAGAUAGAUUUGAUAUAUAUAUAAUUCCGCAUCAAGGAUCAUCAUCUUCAACAUCUGAUGGCAUUUUAAAUGUUUUUGAAAAGGCACAAAAUUUUCAGAAUACAAGUUCUGAAGAGUUCCCUGUAAUUAGUGUAGUGUUACUUGAUGAAGGUAUAAUUUUUGUUAUGAUUUGUAUUCACAGGUUAAUUUAUUUAACUAAAUUAUUUAUGCUAUCACAAAUAUCAUAA